AUGUCUCCUCCUGCCGUUUACGGGAAUGUCAUAGAGUACAUCGCUGAUCGUCUGUAUCUUGCUUCUUAUACUGCGCCGCCAUCUUCGUCUACACCUUUCCCGCCUCCCGCCAUCCCGGAUCCUCACAAGACAACAUCUCAGCACGUUCCCUCUCACAUUUCCAGGACUGCACACAAGCGUAACAAGAGCGCCGUUGUGAACUCGAGCGGCCUUAAGCCCGUCUACUUUACUGUUGACGAUGCUCUUCUGUACAACGCAUUCCACCACGACUUUGGCCCACUCCACAUCGGACACCUUUACAGAUUUGCUGUGACUCUGCACGAUAUUCUGGGGGACCCAAAGAACGAGGACGGGUUGUUGUUUUCUGGAGCAGGCCGGAUGGAAGAGCUAGAGGGAAUGCAGGAUGCUUGUUGGCGUGCUAUAUGGUUUUGGUGCAAUCAUGGCCUCCUCACUUGGCUUUGUCACCGUUGGCGCAAUUUUGUCUUGAAUGUUCAGGAUGUCGUCUAUGGUGUGUGGAAGGCUAAGGAAAAGGGUAUUGUGAACUUGAGGGAAUUUGGAUUGGAUGAAUACGAAAAAUUUGAGCGGGUGGACAUGGGAGAUUUCAACUGGGUUUCGCCCAACUUUCUCGCUUUUGCGUCCCCACAGUAUGCGCUGCCACCACCACACAAGGAGCAACCAUUCAUUCCAACAAACCAUGAUGAGAUUUUGGCUUCCGGACUUCCGACCCCGUUUAGAAAUGUCCUUGAGCACUUUCACACCCGCGAUAUUGGUCUUGUCGUGCGAUUGAAUUCGCAUCUUUACCCCGCGGAAUACUUUACUGCUCUCGGCAUAACUCACAUUGACAUGAUCUUUGACGAUGGAACUUGCCCGCCUUUGAACUUGGUGCGAAAAUUCAUCAACAUGGCUCACAAUAUGAUCACUGUUCACGGCAAGCACAUCGCCGUUCACUGUAAAGCCGGUCUUGGAAGAACUGGUUGUCUUAUCGGCGCUUAUCUCAUCUACCGAUAUGGAUUCACUGCAAAUGAGGUCAUUGCUUACAUGCGUUUCAUGCGGCCCGGAAUGGUCGUUGGGCCCCAGCAGCAUUGGCUUCAUCUCAACCAGGGUGAUUUCCGACAGUGGUGGUUUGAGGACACCAUCAUGCAGGCCGCCCUUGAGAAGCAGGCGAUGCAGUUAGCGCCCUUGAGGACACCAACGAAGGGAAAGAGGGUUUUGUCUGGAACCACACCAACCAAGCGCAGCGUACUUGGUGAGAUGGCUGCCAAUGAGACCGCCUCUCAACAAAUUCUCCCUGCACCAACACCAGGUCAGCCAAGAAAAGGAAGUUCUCGUUAUGCCACAACUACAGGAUCUCGAAGAGAACGACCGUCCAGCCAUACUCCUCAGCAGCCAGACUCAAUCGAGAUUCACCAGGAUGGUGAUGAAAAUGACUCUGUUAAUGCUUCACCCAUCCGCCGAAAGAAGUCAUCUACGAUAAAAAUGGUUGAAGCAGAACCGGAGCCAACAGCUGCCGAUGGGACCCAUAUGAGCGAGGAGGAGUACUUGCUCCGUCAAUACCGGAGAACCACGUCCAAGAGCCCAGGUGGAAAGAGGAGUGUUUCAUAUACCACAACCACAACCACUACCGUUUCCCAUACUGUCACUCCACCAAGCAUCUCCGCGGCAGAGAAGGCAGCGCAGCGAAAUGGCAAUGGCAUUGGCAAUAAGGUUCGGAGCUCUCCAAGACGAGGAGCAGUCACAGCAGCAGGUGUAAGGAAGGCUAGUGGGCGCGUUGUCAGUGGUGGACCACCAAAAGGAACCUAG